AUGGCCGCCGCAUUUUCCUACGCUCAGGCCGCAAAGGGCGUCGCUCCAGCGCAACCUUCCCAAACACCGUCCGAGUCGAGCACGCCGCUCUUGAAGUCCGAGGAGCCCGCUUCGGACAGCUUAGAUGCUACAGUUCCCAAGGAAGAUGUUGCUGGUGAGAUCGAUAGCACGGCUGUCGACACCGAGGAGGCGAUCACUACCGAUGUUAAUGCUGAGGUGACCGAAACCUCUUCGGCUAGUGCUGGUACUGCGCAGACCCCGACGAUACCAAAAGAGAAUGAGAGCUCAAACGCUCCGAAUGGAACUUCCGAAUCCACUACCGAGAAGCAGUCUCAGACUUCAACGUCGGACAAGCAAAACGCUGCCGCGGAAAACAGCGAGGGAAAGACCUCUGAGAAAAAGAAGAAAGAAAAGCCUGCACCUCCGAAGGAGCUCAAGGCUGCUCCUCUGCCCUCUGUGAAUAUAUGGCAACAGAGGAAAGAGGCGCAGGAUGCUAGAGUAAAGACCGUGCCUAGCGCUUCUGCUAAGACUGGCCUUUCCAAGCCUACUUCCGAGACUUCUUCCGUAACCGAGGAGGCUCAAGAACAGUCGAAGGCUGGCUCCAAGAAGAAGGGUGGCGAUUCAUCCGAUAAGAAGAAGGGUGAUGCCAAGGGGCGUGAAGAUACUACACCAGUUCCUCCUGUUGGAGACGCUGCUUCCUGGCCUACACCUCAAGGUGCCCAAGGCGAAGAGAAGAAGAAGGCACAAGAGAAGACUGAAAAGUCCGAGAAGAGCCCAGUCAUCCGGCCCCACGGCAAGGAGAAGUGGACUCCAGUUCCUUACGUUCCUACUGCAGUAUUUAACACUCCUCUACCCUCCGCUGCGCGUCGGGGUGGAAGAAGUGCUCGGGGUGGCAGAGAUACCGGCCGUGGUGCAGGAGCUUCCGAGAAGACCUCGCCCCACGCCGCCCAGGGUUCUACAAAGCAGUCCACUCCCGGAGACCGAGGAAGGAAUGAGCCCAACUCCGCUCGCGCAAACUCGCUACCCGCGCCGUCGCGACGUUCAAAUAGCGCUGACACCGCUCCCACGGAUGCACGCAAACCACCAGCGGUUGACCGAAAUCGUGGUCUUAAGGGAUCAGACAAUGCGAAUGCCGCCACUGGCAAACAGGUGAACGGCGAGUCCUUCUCGAAGCAGGGCAAGCCCUUCCCCAAGAACCCGCAUUUGUCAGUAGAUACCCACAAUGGGCCGCGGCCAAAUAACGAGCGCCGCUUUGAGAAUGGACCGAAUGGACCCAAGUCUGCGGACUUCUCUAACUUGCACUCCGACCGCAAGGAUAAGGACUUCUCUCGAGAACCUCGGGCUGAAAGAGGCAGGGGUGGGCACCGUGGGCGAGGUGGCCAUGCCGGCUACAGCAGUGCUCAGGCAUCGCAUUUCCCUAAUAACCACAUUACCCCUCAAAACUACGUUCACCCCAAGUCGUUCGGCUACAACGACCGCCGAGGGCCCCAGCAGCAUGGACUCGCUAAUGGUUCCCGUGGUCAUGCCAUGACCAUGAGGUCCCCUUCGUUGCCUAACUCCACUUCCAUGUACAACAUGUACCCAACCUACCCCGGCGAUAUGAACGGUAUGUAUGGCUACCAACCUAUUCAGGCUGGCCCUAUGUCGGCUGUCCCAUACCAGCCAUAUAUGGAACAGUGGUCCCUGGUGAGCAUGAUUACGAUGCAGCUGGAAUACUACUUUUCUGUCGACAACUUGUGCAAGGAUAUUUACCUCCGCAGACACAUGGACUCCCAGGGUUUUGCUCCGUUGAACGUCAUCGCCAGCUUCAAGCGCGUCAAGCAAAUGACGGAAGACUUCGAGUUAUUGCGCCACAUCUCGCGGGGAUUGAAGGCUGCUGAAUACCACCAGGGCGAAGAUGGAAUUGAUAGACUACGACCGAGGGAGAGAUGGGAGCAGUGGGUUCUGCCUGUGGAACAGCGUGAGCCUUCAGCCCAAAAUGCCGGGCCUACCUAUGUUCCCCAGAACGAAACCAUUGUGUCUCAGAGUAACCUCGAUGCGGCUACAAAUGGCUUCGUACCAAAAUCCUCGUUGCCUAAUGGCACUGGUCCUUCCAAAACAGCACUGUCCUCCGCUGCUCCAGAGUUCUCGCCUUCUAAUGGUGUCCACGCUGGAAGCGAAAUCUCAAAUUAA